AUGUCAUCAUCACCUUUCUUCAUUCCGGUGGACCUUGCACACACGGCUCUCCUUCUUUCAGAUGUGCAGACACAAAUUUUGAAGCGUUUUUUGCCUGAAAUUCAGAAACAGUAUCUUGAUAACAUCAAAACUCUCCUUGGAUUCUUCCGAGAUGAAAUAUCUCAGCGUCGAUCCAAUCAAGACACCGCAAUACGAAGUGCACCUUACGAAGGCGUGCCUCUUAUUGUUCACCACACCCUGCCGUUCAACGUCAACUCAAAUUCCUUUGUAUCGCCCUACAACAAGCUCAGUAAAUGGGUAAAACAACUCGAGGAUGUUGGUUAUUUCGCAAACGCACCCUCUGAUCCUCAUCAUCCAUACUAUGGUAUUCCAGAUGAGAUUGUACCACCGGGCGGUUGGGGCGGAAAGGACGAAAUUGUCUUGGGAAAGUUGCAACCAAGCUGCUUUGGUACAUCUGAUUUGCAAUCGUAUCUACGUGCACGUGGCAUUCGGCAUGUUGUCCUGGUAGGACUGACGACCAUGGGGAGUAUCUUGGGUUCAGCAAGAGCGGGAGCGGACUUGGAUUAUCACAUUAUCUGUGUAGAAGAGGGUAUCGUCGACGAUGAUCCAGAAAUUCACAAGUUUCUGAUGUCAAAGGUACUCCCAAAGUUUGUUGAUGUAGUUGAGCUGAAGGAUAUAUUGGGAUUGUAG